GGAAGCGGCGCCCUUUCGUCCGCGCUCUUGCACUUCUGACGAUGGCGGCUCGUGGUUUGGGGCUGUUGACCAGUUUGCCCCUCCGUGCUCGGAGAAGUCAAGUCCAGCGUCCUCUCUGCAGGCUUCUCAGUUGCCCAGGAACGGUGGCCGCAGCCGUCGGGAGGGAAGAGCAGUCCUCGGGGAGGGCGGAGACAGGCUCUGAAGACAGGACUCCAAAAAAGAGAUUCUCUGAGGUGCAAAAAGAGAGACGAGAACAGGCCCAGCGGACUGUGUUAAUCCACUGCCCAAAUAAAAUCAGCGAGAAGAAGUUUCUCAAGUACUUAUCCCAACAUGGAUCUAUUAACAACCACUUCUUCUAUGAAAGCUUUGGUCUUUAUGCUGUUGUAGAAUUCAGUCAGAAGGAAAGCGUAGCUUCACUGCAGAAUGUAACUCGUACUCCAAGCCUGGGCACAGAGGCUGCAAUUCCAUUCAGAUCACGUUACUUCAAUUUAAAGUUGAAGACUCCAUUAAACCAGACUUCUGAGCAGUCAAGUAUUCGAUGUAGGAAUCAGUCUUCUCCUUCAAGCAAGAAGCUUUUUGAAUUACUUUGUUGUGCAGAAAGUGUCGAUGAUCAGCUGAACACUCUCCUGAGGGAAUUCGAGCUCACAGAGGAGAACACCAAGCUCCGGUAUCUCACCUGCUCUCUUAUUGAAGAUGUAGCCGCUGCGUAUUUUCCGGACUGCACCGUCAGACCCUUUGGCUCUUCAGUGAACAGUUUUGGAAAAUUAGGAUGUGAUUUGGACAUGUUUUUGGAUCUAGAUGAAAUUGAAAAAUUUAGUACUCACAAGGUCUCAGGAAAUUUUCUGAUGGAAUUUCAAGUGAAAAACGUUCCUUCGGAAAGAAUUGCAACACAGAAGAUCCUGUCUGUGGUAGGAGAAUGCCUUGACCACUUCGGCCCGGGCUGUGUGGGAGUGCAGAAAAUACUAAAUGCUCGGUGCCCCCUUGUCCGGUUCUCACACCAGGCCUCUGGAUUUCAGUGUGAUUUGACUACUAACAAUAGGAUUGCCUUGAAGAGUUCUGAACUCCUUUAUAUGUAUGGUGCCCUGGACUCCCGAGUGAGAGCCUUGGUGUUCAGUAUCCGAUGCUGGGCUCGAGCACAUUCGUUAACGAGUAGUAUUCCUGGUGCUUGGAUUACAAAUUUCUCCCUUACCGUGAUGGUCAUCUUUUUUCUCCAGAGGAGAUCACCCCCUAUUCUUCCAACACUAGACUACCUAAAAACCCUUGCAGAUGCAGAAGAUAAGUGUAUAAUAGAAGGCCACAACUGUACAUUUGUUCGCGACUUCAAUAGAAUUAAACCUUCAGGAAACUCAGAAACACUAGAAUUACUACUGAAAGAAUUUUUUGAAUAUUUUGGAAAUUUCGCGUUCAAUAAAAAUUCCAUUAAUAUUCGACAGGGAAGGGAACAAAACAAACCUGAAUCUUCUCCACUGCACAUUCAGAAUCCUUUUGAAACUUCUCUCAACAUUAGCAAAAAUGUAAGUCAAAGUCAGCUGCAAAAAUUUGUAGAUCUGGCCAGAGAAAGUGCCUGGAUUUUACAUCAGGAAGAUAAAGAUCGCCUUUCGCCAUCAAAUAAUCAGCCCUGGGGGCUGGCAGCCCUGCUGCUACCUUCUGUAGCAAAUAGUAUGUCUCUUGCCAAGAAGAAAAAGAAGCCUGCAAGUGAAAGAAUUAAAAACUUGUUGGAAUCCAUAAAAAGUGAGAGUACAGAAAAUUCCACAGCCACCAAUGGGUAAAGAGCAGUUAGUACUCAGGCAUGAUGGCUGCUCCUUCGCUUUCAGAACUGGUUUUAGCCUCUAAGAUAAUCCCUGGACUGCCUGGAAGAAUGGUGUGAAAUUCUGGCAGAUCACACUUUCAUCCGAUGUCUCUCUUUUCAUGAUCUUCUCAUUGGGCCCCUUAAACUGGUCUGACAUUCUGCGAUGUUUUCAGUCUGAAAGCCAGUGGCACUGUAUUAAAACGCCAGCCAUGGGAACAGGUGAAAGAAGAUUGAAAUAUACAAAGCAAGUGGGAAAAAUUAGUUUUACAAUCAAACCAUUGUUGAAAUCUGCAUCAGUCUCUGGGUGUAAAUCAUUUAGAAGGACUUCUAGGUAUGUACAUACGUAGGCAAUGAAUACAAUAAAGUUGCAGAAUUUGAUAGUACUCUUUAUUUUUGUAUUCUUCAAAGUACUCGUAUUCACAUAUAAAUAAAAACAGAUGGGUACUGAUUUCCAAAAAUGUUCAUGUUUUUAAAACAGAUGAAUGCAGACACUUCAGUUACUACAUUCUAGGUAUUCUAAGCCAAAUAUAUGAAAAUACUAGUGCGCUGUAUUUA